CUAUAUUGGAGGAAGUGAGUCUGAAGGACAUUUCUCUUUGAUAAAUGAGGUUUGCACAUACCAAUCCACUGCAUCUGGAUGUGUUCCAGAGUGUUGUAAGGUUUGAAGCUGAAGUAGUUGCAAUGACAGCUGCACUGCUUGGAAGUAAAGAAAAGGCUUAUGGAGGGCAAGUGUGUGGAAACAUGACAUCAGGAGGAACUGAAAGCAUAUUAUUAGCUUUGAAGUCAUCACGUGACUAUAUGAAAUCUAAGAAGGGAAUCACGAGACCCGAAAUGAUAAUACCAGAAUCAGCCCAUUCAGCAUAUGAUAAGGCUGCACAAUAUUUCAACAUCAAGUUGUGUCGUGUCCCUGUGACUAGAGAAUUUCAAGCAGAUGUCAAGGCUAUCAAACGACGUAUUAAGAAAAACACCAUAUUGAUUGUUGGAUCCGCACCCGGUUUCCCACAUGGCAUCAUUGACCCAAUUGAGGAGCUUGGUCAGUUAGCUUCUAGUUUUGGAAUUUGUUUCCAUGUUGAUCUUUGUCUUGGUGGCUUUGUGUUGCCUUUUGCUCGUAAACUUGGGUACCCUGUUCCACCUUUUGAUUUUUCUGUUGAAGGUGUAACCUCAAUAUCAGUGGAUGUACAUAAGUAUGGGUUAGCUCCGAAAGGAACAAGUGUAGUUCUAUACAGAAAUCAUGAUAUUCGGAAGCAUCAAUUUGUUGCUGUUACUGAGUGGUCUGGUGGACUUUAUGUGUCCCCAACCAUUGCUGGAAGCAGGCCUGGGAGUUUGAUAGCGGGGGCUUGGGCAGCAAUGAUGUCUCUAGGACUAGAAGGUUACUUGGAGAACACACGAGUGAUCAUGGAAGUAUCAAAGAGAAUACAAAAAGGAAUAAAGGAGAUUCCUGAAUUGUUUAUCAUUGGAAGGCCUGACAUGACAAUUGUGGCUUUUGGAUCCGAUGCUGUAGACAUAUUUGAAGUCAAUGACAUAUUGUCAUCUAAAGGCUGGCAUUUGAAUGCAUUGCAGAGACCCAACAGUAUACAUAUCUGUGUGACCCUUCAACAUGGACCAGUUGUAGAGGAAUUCCUGAAGGAUCUGAAGGAUUCCGUACAAACAGUAAAAGAAAAUCCAGGUCCGGUAAGUGGAGGGCUUGCUCCAAUAUAUGGUGCUGCAGGGAAGAUGCCAGACAGAGUUCUGGUUAAGGAUUUGUUGGUAGAUUUCAUGGACAGUACAUGCUAGUGGCAUUCUUUUACUCUUAAUUCCUUCUGUUUGUUACAAUCAUUCCUGUUGUUGAAUAAUUCUUAUGUAAAAAGCAUGAAAGAAACAAAUUCAACAUUGAUAUUCAUCAAGUUUUUCUUGGAUUGGCC